AUGGCUACCCCCACAAACCACCCCGUCACGAACCCCAAAGAGGGCGUCACAUACCUCACCGAAGACGAGAUAACCUCCUUCCUCGACGACCUAGACCACAACGGCGACGGCUACAUCGACUACGCCGAAGUCGAAGCCAAACUCGACGCCGCCCACGACGAGCUCGCGCCCGGCGGUCAGGUAAAGCCUCACCACGUCAUCAGCCGUCACGCCUCUCCAGAGAAACCAAACCAGUCGUCUUCCUCGUCAGACGAGAACCGCCUCCGCCAUGAAUUCCUCCGCUCCGUAAUGGGCCUCGCCGGCUCCGACGACGACGACGACACCUCCCGCACCCGCCGCAUCCCCCGCGCCGCCUUCGCAGCCCGCGUCCGCGAAUGGAAGAUCCCCUCCCUGAAACAAGACGCCGACUCGGAAACCUCCCAACGGGACUUCAUCCAGCACCUCCGCCUCUCCCGCCGCCUCCGAGCCUACUGGGCCGUCCACGGCCCCGAAAUCGCCUUCCUAGGCCUCGUCGCAUCCUCCCUCAUCGCCUUCGGCGUCUGGCAAUGCGUCAAAUACGCCACCACCCCCCAGUACCGCGCCGCCUUCGGCUGGGGCGUCGUCCUCGCAAAGACCUGCGCCGGCAUGCUCUACCCGACCUUCUUCUUCCUCAUCCUCAGCAUGUCGCGCUACUUCUCCACCUUGCUCCGCCGCUCCUACCGCGUUUCUCGUUUCAUCAACUGGGACCUCAGCCAGAGCUUCCACAUCAAGAUCUCGUGCCUCGCGCUCGCGCUCGCGACGCUGCACGCCGUAGGCCACCUCACGGGCUCCUUCUACCACGGGAGCCGACCCGGAAACCAGGACGCCGUGGCAGCCGUCCUGGGCCCGGACGCGGUGCCGAGGCCGUACGUCGAGUACGUCCGCUCGCUGCCGGGAUUCACGGGUAUCACGGCGUUAGGCCUCUUCUACCUCCUCGCCCUGCUCAGCAUGCCUGCCGUGCGGCGUUGGAACUACGAGGUUUUUCAGCUGGCGCACCUGCUCAUGUACCCCAUCAUCGGCCUCAUGAUGGCCCACGGCACCGCGGCGCUGCUGCAGUGGCCCAUGUUCGGCUACUUCCUCGCCGUGCCGACGCUGUUGAUCCUCGUCGAGCGCGUCGUCCGCGUCGGUACCGGGUUCCACAGGAUCAGGGCGACACUGACGGUGCUCGACGGCGAGACGGUCGAGGUCGCGGCCACGAUCCCCAGCGAGCGCAUGUGGAAGUACAGGGCCGGGCAGUACGUGUUUCUACAGGUGCCCGCCAUCAGCGCUUUCCAGUGGCAUCCGUUCACCGUCUCCAUUUGUCAGGGGCGGGAGUUCCGGUUACAUAUCAAGACGGAUGGGAACUGGACGAAGCGGCUCCGUGAUCUGGGCGGAAAAGGAGAGGGAGAAGCCGAUGCGGCAACGGAGAUUGAGGUGGGUAUCAACGGACCCUUUGGUGCGCCGGCUCAGCGGUUCUACGAUUUCAACCAUACCAUCAUCGUGGGUUCAGGCAUCGGCGUCACGCCCUUCUCGGGCAUCCUCGCGGACCUGCAGGCGCGCGAUGACGAGGAGCACGGGGGCCCGACACACUCGCAUCAUCACCGCGCCCACCAACACCGCCACGACUCGGAGACGACCGUCGUGACAGAGAAGAAAGAGACCAACGAGCGAAAGGGUUCAGGAUCGACAAUGGCAGCAGCAACGACAACAGAGGCCCCGGAUGGAAACGACCCCACGAAGCCCCCUAACCCGUCAGAAGCCUUCACCUUCGCCCCCGACUACCGCCGCGUAGACUUCCACUGGACGGUCCGCGACCGAAACUACCUCCUCUGGAUCGCCGACCUCCUCAACUCGGUCUCGCGAAGCCAGGACUGGCACCGUCGCCACGAGGGCCCAUCCCAGCACCUCGACAUCCGCAUCGCCACGCACGUCACCCAGAAACGCAGGGACAUUGUCACGCACGUGUACCGCUGGCUUCUCGAGAUGCACCGCACCGAGGAGCACCCAGAGAGCCCGCUGACGGGCUUGCUGAACCCGACGCACUUUGGGCGGCCCGACUUUGAUGCCAUAUUAGAUAGGCACUACGAGGACAUGCGGAGGUUCCGUGCCAGCAAGAGGAUGAAAGCGAACGCGGGCGGCGGGGCCGCAGCCGACAGCAUGGCAAACGCAGGGGAGGUGGGAACAGACGGGAACCACCGCAGCGAAAAUGGGGACGCUAGAGCCGACGACCGCGGUAGUACCCGAGGCGCUAGCGGCGAGCGGCGGGACGUGGAGGAGGAGGAUGAGGAGCUAAAGGUCGGAGUCUUUUACUGCGGAGCGCCGGUGGUCGGGGAGAUCCUGGCAGACAAGUGCCGGCAGCUCACGGUGCGGGGGCGGCACGACGGCAGCAAGAUUGAGUAUCACUUCAUGAUUGAAGUCUUUGGGUAA